CCGCCCGCCGCAUCGCCCGCGCCGGCAGGCGAGCGCUAGGACCCGCGCCGCCUUCCGCAGGCCCGGAGUGGGCGGGGCCUUCCAUUGUGACGUCGCAGGGGCGCGCUCCCCGCCCACGCGGACGGACUGACGGACAGACUGGCAUGGAGAGCGCGGAGCCGGAUGGCGGAGAAUUGCGCAGGAUAGCGGCAGCAAUGUAGAGGUGACCGUCGCUGCGCGGAUUCAGGAGCUGCGAGAGCACUAGGGCUUGUGCCAGGUGGACGUCGGCCGACGGCAGGGCGGCCGAGAGCUCGCGAUGGAGGCCGAAGGUUUGGAUUGGCUUCUGGUCCCGCUACACCGGCUGGUUUCUUGGGGGGCCGCCGCAGCCAUGGUCUUUGGAGGCGUGGUGCCGUACAUCCCGCAGUACAGGGACAUUCGGAGGACUCAGAAUGCCGACGGCUUUUCCACCCACGUGUGUCUGGUGCUACUGGUGGCCAAUAUUUUACGGAUACUCUUCUGGUUUGGAAGGCGCUUUGAGUCCCCACUGCUGUGGCAGAGUGUCGUCAUGACCCUGACCAUGCUGCUGAUGCUGAAGCUGUGCACCGAGGUCCGAGUGGCCAACGAGCUGAACCUGAAACGCCGCUCCUUUGCAGCUGCAGACAGCAGGGACGAAGAGCCCAAAGCCCCACCUGGGCGAUCCUAUCUGGACUUCGAUCCACACCACUUCUGGCACUGGAGCAGCUUCGCGGACUAUGUGCAGUGUGUCCUGGCCUUCACUGGCGUGGCCGGCUACGUCACCUACCUGUCCAUCGAGUCGGCCCUGUUUGUGGAGACGCUGGGCUUCCUGGCGGUGCUGACUGAGGCCAUGCUGGGUGUGCCGCAGCUGUACCGCAACUACCGCCACCGCUCCACAGAGGGCAUGAGCCUCAAGAUGGUGCUCAUGUGGACAAGUGGGGACACGUUCAAGACGGCCUACUUCCUGCUGAACGGCGCACCCUUGCAGUUCUCCGUCUGUGGCCUGCUGCAGGUGCUUGUGGACCUGGCCAUCCUGGGACAGGCCUAUGCCUUUGCCCGCCACCCCCAGAAGCCAGUACCCCAUGCUGCGCACCCUGCCAGUACCAAGGCCCUCUGAGGCACCCAGCAAGGACAAGACUGUGUGACCCCAGCUGUGGGCACUGUUGUCCACCUGUGCUCCCACAUCAGGGAGGAUGGGCCCAAGGCCAUGUAGGGAGCAGGCUGCGUGUGGGUGGACACGAAGUCCUGGUGCCAGGUUCUCCACCUGCCUCCGUGGGGGGCGGUCUCAGGGUGGCUGGGGCCAGGCCAGUUCUGUGAUCCCUACGAGGACAGUGAGAGCAGAUCUCACACCCGGGCUGGCUCUCAGGCACGUUCAAGUUGACAGGAAAGGCAAGUGUGUGUCCCUCCCCAUCUUCUCAGAUGCACUGGCCCGACCUGAGAGGCUCACAUCACACAAGGAGGGCCGUGGGGCUCAGCAGCCCUCUGGGGCCAUCCAGGAGCCAGCCUCCCGGCAGGUCUGUUGGGACAGGGCCUGCAGCUGCUAGAACAGCAGGCCGUGUGUGGGUCCUGGCUGCCCGUCCUCCUGCUGCUCCACUGUCCAGCUGCCACUGUUGCUGUGCCUGCCUGAGGGGCACUGCUGGCCUGACCCCGUGGCCACGUUUCCCUUUUCCAUUCAACACGGGUGACGUGUUCAGCAACCCUGUGCUGACCUGGUCACUCCUGGCCCUGAGAGUUCUGGAUGCUUCUGUGGACUCCCACAGGCAGCAGCUUCCUUCUGCAGGGCAGAGGCACCUCCCUUGAGAGAGAUCACCCCCAGUUGUGGUUAGCACCACACUUGGGACAGCUACGAGGGGAGGGUGUUAUGGCUGGCCAGGAAGUGGUCGUGCUGUCCCCACAUGGCCUCCAUCAGCAUUCGGGGUCUGAGUGAGGCUCUCGCUUAGCUCUGUGCAGUAAGAUGCUUUGAAAUGUCUAUUUUUUAAAAAUGAAGGGAGAUGUCUGUAGCGGUAAUUGCCUCCAAAUUAAAAUGGGCUUGGCGGUUGCUCACUGAAUGAA